AUGAACAAGGCGAACGAAUGGUCCCUCGGUUCGCUCCUACGCAUCACCAAACCGAUCGACGUCUCGCAACCGAACGCGAGCCGCGGCGAAGCGUACUGGUCCUACUCCGAUCUCGACGAAUUGAUCGUAUCGCACAUCAAGCAAAUGUCCCUCAAGGUUGGUGAACUGAUGGCGCACGACAAGUUCAAAGGUGACAAGGCCGCGCUCGACAACUUCCUCUCCAACUCGUUGAUGGUCAACCCCAACAUCUCGGCCUAUGGAUUCGCGAUCAACAAGGACCCCAAGAAGCCUGGAUUGUUCAUGGUCACUUUCCGCGCCAAUGAUGGAGCCGAACCUCACUCGUGGCCGAUUUGGGUCGUCCCCGGUGCUUUCGUGCUCAAGGGCGCCGAACACGGUGACGUCGCGGCCUUGUGCAACGGUUUCAAGCGCGCUUACACGGCCGAGAUCGCUGCGGGUGGAGCGGGAACGCGUAUGCCGAUGAGGACGCCUAGGUACCCCGGUGGUGCGACGCCUUUCGGAGCCGGUGGUGCAGCAGCAGCAGGAGGGAGGACGCCUAACCCUCUUCGUGAGCAACAAGCCGCUGCGGCCGUCGCCAGUAUCGGAGCGGGCACGGGUCGUAACCCUCUUUUCAAUAGCGGUCGAACACCGAUGGGUGCUGGGGCAGGUGGUCGAACACCUUUGGUCGUUGGAGGAAGAACGCCCGUCCUCGCGAGUGGAAGAACACCGAUCGUUGGCGUUGGUGCGGAUGGGAGAACACCGAACCCUUAUGCCUCGACGGUUGGGACGGGUAAAACGCCGAUACCUCAACACCUCGGCGCUGAUCCUCGAUUGGGCGGUCGAACGCCCAAUCCGUAUUCUACGGGCGUGACGCCACAAUACUCCGCUCAAGGGAAAGGUACUCCUCUGAACGCAGCGGGCGGUCGAACGCCCGCUUAUCCGGGGGGCAAUCGGACGCCAGCUUAUCAACCGAAUCCAAACGGCGGUGGCAACAAUGGUGGUGGUGGACGUCGUUGGUGA